AUGUCGAACAGUUCUAUUUUCACUAUAGAUUGUCCGGCAAAAGGUUUUGCUCAAUAUGGCCGACAGGAUCUAGUUGGGCGCUACACGGAAGAAGAACACGAAAAUCUUGUGCCGGACAACCUAGGGUUAAAAUAUGAUAGGAUCGAUGGCCAUCUUUUAGCCGAUGACUUACGCAAAAAAGUCGUACCAUUUGAUACAGAAUGGAAUUCUGCACCUAAACCAAGUCCAGAAGCGAAUCCGAUGACUGGGGAUGUGCAGUGUCAUAACAGUGUUCACCGAACACUGAGAAUAUCAAUGCCAGUUAUGAAUGCAUCAAAUCCAAUUCUAGAUUUGGAUUUGAUGGAUUUGGUAAGAUUGGAAUUUGGAGUUGAUUGGAAUUGGAUUUGACGUAAAUUCCAAUUUUUCGAUUUAUCUGUUAAUACUUGCAGCUAACUAGGCGAAAGUAUAGGUUGACUGCUUGUAUUUGACUAUUAAUAUUCUUUAUAAAGGGGAUGUAAUUGCCCUGCAUUUGAACUGCACGUAACCUGUACGAGAAUCAUUUUAAACGGCCGUUGUAUCGUUAAAACCAUCAUCAAAUUUGAGUCUCUCAUGAGCUUAAAUUAAUAUAUUUUAUCUGUAGACUCUCCAAUAACUAUCUUUAUGCUUUGCAUUUAUUCAGUAGGACUCACGUCUAUAGUUCUCUUUACAAGAAAGGGAGACAAAAACCAAUUUAGCAUACAUUCUCAACUCUGUACCGAAUCGAUACUUGCAUUGAUGCUGUCGAGUAAGAGUGCGUUUAACGAUAUUGUUUAAAAUACAAUUUGAAACUAUAACGAAUUAGUUGAAAAGAUUCUGUCUUUUUACGGAAACUGUAAUCAAACACACUAUAUGUGACAGAAGAUUCUGAUAGAGUAUAGGUUGGUAAAAGUGUAUUUAAUUGAACAAAAUCGCUUCUUAGUUUAUAUUGUGCGCUCUUAUGGCAAUGUUUUCAC